AUGGACGUGACCUUCGUGUGCUCGUCAGAGGAGGCGCCCUUCAAGAUGGAGGUGGGCUUCUUCGACACCGUCCGAGACAUCAAGCAGAAGCUCCAGGGCCGCAAGGGCUGGCUUGCCACCGCCAUGUCCCUCUCCCACGACGGCCACGCGCUCGUGGACGACGUCGACGACGAAAGCCACGGCUUUACCGGGCGGUACGGCCUCGUGGAGGGCUCUGUCGUCCACGUCGCCAUCGACGACGAGGACACGCGCCGGGCGCAGCGUCAGAAGGAGAGCAGGAGGCCGGGCGUCAAGACCAGGCGGGACAGCGUCGCGCCACCGGCACCGCCGCUGCGUCUGACGGUGGUGUCGCGGUGCGGCGCCGGGCGAUUGGAGGUGGCGGUGCGCGCGCGAGGGGCGGUGUCGGCGCUGCGCGUGUACCUGGAGCGCGUCUCGUCGUCCGGCUCCGGCGGGUUCCCGUUGCCCUGCGACGGCGGCUACUUCUUCAUACACGGGCAGAGCGUGAUGGACGAGGCCAGGUCGUUCGAGUGGCACGGUGUGGCGGCCGGCGACGAGGUCGUGGUGUUCCCAGGCUCCGUCACCAGGGGGCCGGCGUACUGA